UAUUCAAGCGACUUGUAGUCUCUGAACGGUAAACAGCACGUUGUUUGGGGAAGAUUUUGUGUUCUGAGACUUCCUUCAGUUUUGGAUUUGAGUUUGUAUUUUUAACACCCGAACAAGAUAUUGGUGGAUAAAACCUGCUAUGUCUAAGUCUGUUCAUGAAAUAGAUUAUGCUAAGGAUUAUGAUAAGUGGAAGAAGAAAUACACAAAGAAAAAGAAUAAAAUAAAAUUUUGCAAAAAGCAGCCCAAGGUACCGGAAUGGCAGGUAGAAAAGAACUAUAUAAACAAACUUGUAAAGAGAUAUCACGAGAUAAAUGUAAGUGAAAUUGUGAAGUUUUCGGAUUUUCCUUUGUCAAAAAAUACACUGAAAGGUUUGCUGGAAGCACAGUAUCGAACACCUACAGAAAUUCAGAAACAGACAAUUGGAUUAGCAUUGCAAGGUAAAGAUAUCCUAGGAGCUGCAAAGACUGGAUCUGGGAAGACGCUGGCAUUUGUUGUUCCUGUACUGGAAUGUUUAUACCGCCAGCAGUGGACAGCAGAGGAAGGUUUGGCUGUUCUUAUUAUAUCACCAACUCGAGAACUUGCGUAUCAGACAUUUGAGGUUCUUCGUAAAGUAGGAAAGAAUCAUGAAUUUUCUGCUGGACUGAUAAUCGGUGGGAAGGAUCUGAAAUUUGAAGCAGAAAGAAUUACUCGUACAAACAUUAUUAUUUGCACACCUGGGCGCCUUCUGCAACAUAUGGACGAAACCUCGUAUUUCUAUGCUUCUAACUUGCAGAUGUUAGUUCUUGAUGAAGCAGAUAGAAUUUUGGAUAUGGGUUUUGCAGAGACCAUGAAUGCUAUUAUUGAAAACCUUCCUAAGGAGCGUCAGACUUUGCUUUUCUCUGCAACUCAGACCACGUCAGUGAAAGAUCUUGCCCGUCUCAGUCUGAAAGAUCCAGAAUAUGUAUGGGUCCACGAAAAGGCGAAAUUCAGUACACCAGCAACAUUGGAACAGAAUUAUAUUGUAUGUGAGUUGCACCAGAAAAUCAACAUGCUGUUCUCAUUUAUGAAAACUCAUUUGAAAAAAAAAAGCAUCUUCUUUUUUGCUAGCUGUAAAGAGGUGCAGUUCUUAUUUAGAGUGUUCUGCCGACUCCGACCGGGUAUCCCAGUGCUUGCACUUCAUGGUAAACAGCAGCAGAUGAAACGUAUGGAAGUUUACAAUGAUUUUGUCCGUAAGAAGUCUGCAGUUCUUUUUGCUACAGAUAUUGCAGCUCGUGGUCUUGAUUUUCCUGCAGUAAAUUGGGUUCUUCAGCUUGAUUGUCCAGAGGAUGCAAAUACUUACAUCCACAGAGUAGGAAGAACAGCAAGAUACAAGGAAGGUGGUGAAGCCUUGUUAGUUUUGCUUCCUUCGGAAGAAAAGGGUAUGGUUCGUCAACUAGAGGAAAGAAAGGUCCCCAUCAAGAAAAUCCAAAUAAAUCCAGAAAAGAUAUUAAAUGUACAACAGAAGUUGGUGGCAUUCUUGGCACAAGAGCAAGAGUUAAAAGAAAGAGCUCAGAGGUGUUUUGUAUCUUACCUGCGUUCUGUAUUCCUCAUGAAGAAUAAAGAAGUAUUCGAUGUACAGAAGCUCCCAUUUACAGAAUAUGCUCUAUCUUUGGGUCUUGCUGUGGCACCGAGAAUAAGAUUUCUUCAGAAGGCAUGGUUACAUCAACGACUGCCUUCCCUGGGAGGAAAAGAUGAUAGAGGUGCCCAGAAUGUGCCUACUACAAAUGAGGAUGGGGAUGCCUCAUUGGGUCUUUAUGAUGAACUAGAGGAGUUUAAAGCACAGCUCAAGAGUCAGAAAGCAUUUACCUCAAGUGAUACAAAGGAAACAAAUGUAAAUACUGAUAGAGAAAAGCAAAGUGGUGGAUCCAGUGGUGAUGAUGACAUCAAAGCAGAGACACCGUCUGAUGAGAAUUUGGGAAAUCCAAAAAAAGAUGCAUCAAAAGCAGUGCAUUUUUUUGGUUGUGAAAAUGAUAACGAUCAGGAGGAAGAUGACCGAGACCUUGAUUUGCUGACUUUGAAACGAAGAAAUGUCUUUGCUCUGGAAGAUGGUGUAAGUUCAGAAAAGAAAACAAUUGAAGUUGGACCCAAAAAACAUGUCCAGGUAUCCAAAGUGAAAGAAGCAAAAAAAGCACUGAAAAAGAAAUUUAAGCUAAAUACAAAAAUCACUUUUACUGAAGAGGGAGAGAUGCAUCAGCAGUGGCCACCAGUUCAAAAAACAGUGGUAGAAUAUGACAGUGAUGAAAGUGACACAUGUGGUAUUAUUGUUGAAAAGGCCAGAGAAAAGUUGAAAGAGGAGGACAGAUUUGACAAGGAAGAAUAUAGAAAAAAAAUAAAAGCAAAGCACAGGGUGAGUUUUUAUACAUUUUGUUCCUGA